AUGGCAUCAUAUCUACGUACAAUCACAGGAAGUUCAUCAUCAAAUACAAGUUCAAGUAUUCCAACAGAUACUUUAGGCAAACGUUUAGUUAAAUGGGCUUUAAUUAUUGGAGUACCAACUGCAGUUUGUGUUGCUGCUUAUCUUGUAUAUCGACAACAACAAGAACAAGCAAAAAAGUCAGCUACGAGACGAUCACCUUUACCAACACCAUUAAGUAAAGUUAAUGAAGAUACAACUACAACAUCAGAAAAUCGAUUAAAAAAUCGUUUAACUCUAGCUAUAGAUUUAAAAAAUGAAGGUAAUCUUAAAUAUCGUGAACAAAAUUUUAAUGAAGCUAUUGAAGCUUAUUCAAGAGCUAUUGAAGUCUGUCCAGUAGAAUCAACGGAAGAACUUUCACAAUUCUAUCAAAAUCGUGCAGCUACUUGGGAAUUAUUAAAAGAUUAUGAAAAAGUUGUUGAAGAUUGUUCAAAAGCUAUUGAACUUAAUCCAAAAUAUGUUAAAUGUAUUCAACGACGUGCUCGUGCAGCUGAAACAAUGGGAAAUUUUGAAUUGGCUCUCGAAGAUUAUUCAACAGUAUGUUUUAUUGAUUCAUAUCAACCAGCAUAUAUUAUGGCUGCUGAUAAAGUUCUUACUGAUUUAGCUAAACGUUAUCUGGAAAAUUUACCACCAAGUACAGCUGAAUUAUCAAAAGAUUAUGUUCGUACAUCAUUAAAUGAAUUCGAAGAUGAUCCAAUAUUAAAUGAAUCAUUUAUUAAUGAAAUUCGUACAUCACAACCAGAUAGUUCAUUAGCACGUGCAUAUCAAGCAUUUGAUGAAGGUCGUUUUACAGAUAUACCAUCAUUAUGUACAAAUGAACUUGAAUCAACAGAUGAUUCACCAUAUAAAUUACAAACAUUAUUACUUCGUGGUUCAUUUUAUUUACUUAUGGGUAAUUAUGCUGAAGCUGUAGCUGAUUUUGAUGCAAUUAUUAAUGAUCCAAAUGUUACAGAAAAGAUAAAAAUGAAUGCCGAAUUAAAACGAGCUAAUACUAAAAUUCAUCAACGUGAUCUUGAAGGAGCUAUGUAUCAAUAUGAUGAAUGUAUUAGAAAUCAUCCAAAUGAAUGUUCACCACAUGUUCAUCGUGGAAUGCUUAAAACAUUAUUAGAAAGUUACAAUGAAGCUCAUGAUGAUUUUAUCGAAGCACUUAAAAUAUCACCAACAAAUCUUCGUGCUAAAUAUCAAAAAUUAAUAAAUGAUGCAAAAAUUGGAGCUAAAGAACAUCAAUCAGAAAGUAUUGAACAAGCAUUAAACAAUUUUGAAGAAUAUUAUGAUACAUGUAAACAAGAUAUUUAUUAUGCACUUGCAAUAACAUCUUGUUAUUUGGAUAAUGAUCGAAAAGAUCGAGCACUUGAAUAUUUAAAUAAAUUUGUUAAAGAAAUUCCAUCAAAUCCAACAUUAUUGGCACUUAAAGCUAAUUGUUUAAUGUCAAGUGAUCCAUCAAAUAAUACUGAAGCUGAAAAACUUUAUAUUGAAGCACUUGAACUUGAUCCUUCAAAUGAAACUGUUUUAACUAUGUUUGCUAUAUUUAAAUGCAAUCAAAAUCAAUUCGAAGAAGCUGCAAGUUUAUAUGAACGUGCAAUUCAAUGUACACGUGGUGAAGAAAAACUUCUACAAUACGCUGCAUUACUUUAUGCUAUUCGUGCACAAGGUCGAGCUAUCAAACGUCUUAAUCUAAAUUUACCAGGUGGUUUCCCACAAGCUGGUCCAUUACCUAAUUGGAUGGGUGGUAUGGCAUAA